AUGCUUAAUGUGACUUUUUUUUUUAUUAGAACCCAUGACUUGAAAAAUGGUGCCGAACACAUUCAUUCAGUCCAUACGCCGGGUCAGUCUUCACCCCGACCGGUGAUCAAUCAACGGGUGAUGGGUAAUAAGCAAACCAAUCCUGGAUUUAUCGGACCUCAGCUCCCUCCACACAUGGUGAAGAAUUCGAAUCAUUUGAAUGGAACCGGAUCCCUGAAGGAAACCGCCAGCAGUACGGUGGCUAUUUCUAGUAACGCUUCCCUCGUCAAGUCUCCUUCGGCACCUUCCUUGUCCAUCUCCAAGUGGACCAUGAACCGGUCGGCUACGGCCACCACCACAGAUUCCUCCAAGAAGCCAAAACUCACCCUCAGUAUUCACAACAACAAGCUGCCGGCUCGCCAAAGCGUCUCUCACACCGGCUGUACCGUGGAGAGCCUCAGCAAGUCCGCCCCGUCCGCCACCAUUUCUAACCCCUCCGCAGUGCAAUCUACCUCAAGCACUUCUUCCACCAUCUCCUCGGCUGCUAGCCAAGCCUCCAAAGCGCCGGCUGCCGGCAAAUCCCGGUUCCAAGCUGAUCCAUGACGGCAAGCCAAGCACAGCCCUAGCAUCUUGGUCCCUUACGGGGCGGAAUCCUCCGAAGAAUCGGACGAGGGGGAAUCUAAGGGCCUGUUGAAAGAGAACGGCCACGUCAAAGUGUCCAACGGCGUUUUGUUAGAAGAGGCGGCCGGCGGGCUGGAGAACUCAUGCGCCUCCUGCCACAAGCCGGAAAAGGAAAGUUCCCAGCCCGAGUUGCCUCCAAACAUAACCGUCAUGGUCUCCAUUAGCCUCAACGAUGCCCCGAAGCAGAACGGACAAAUAAGCAACGAGGCCCACCUCCCACGGGAAGUCCGCGAAAUCGGCAGAUCACCCGUUCCGAAAAGCAACGGAUUGCUCGGAAAGAGUUCUCCAAAAGCUUUGUCCUCAGUCCCUGAAGAGGACGUCCCGGAUUCCUUCAGAUACAAGCAGCCGAAAACCUUGCCCGGGGACUCCAGCAGCGCUCCCGAACCAGAAAAACCAACGGCCGAAGACACCUCCGAAAAGGCCCCCGGUGCCCUUCCCAACAAUAUCCCAUGCCCCGUAUCACCUUUGGACCCCAACGUCACUCCAGUCCCCAAGGACCCUUGUGAAAGGAUUGCCCAGACAGAAGAUGGACCGCUUGAAAACGACCGGCAGCACAGUUCCUCGGGGACAGAGGAAGUGGCCUCCCCAGGAGAAGGAGACAGUCAAAGCCUUCCUGAAAAGGCCGGGUAUCCAAAGAUGAGAAAGCAGCCUCGGCGAAGAGCCCUGAACCCACUGAAGGACAGGCAGGAUUGCCAGAAAAAGACGCCCAGACCAGUGUUCAAAGACGGAAAGCAAACCGGCGGACGGCGGCGAGCCGAUCCGAAGGACCCUCGAAAAGCCGAGCUCGAGAUUCUCCCCGAAGGAAAAGCCCACAAUUGCAAAAAAGCCGACCAAGAAUAUUAUCGUCCUAAAAGGAAGCGUUCUGAAACCGAGGAAGAGGAAGAGGAGGAGGAGGAAGCAGACGGGGCGGGCGGGCGGAGCCAAACCGACGGACACUGCAGCAAGCAGAGGUGCGCUUACAGUAGAGAGCGGGGAAAGCAGCAGGAGCAGCCCCGACGGGAAUAUCACAGCACCGGCUACUACAGGUUCCCGGGCAGUCCCGAUCCCGCCAGGAGUUUGGGCAAGUACCCUCCCUACAGAUCCCGCAGCAGGGGCCAAACGGACUCUGAACGGAGCAGGCCCAGUUACGGGAAAGGAGGCGAGCGGUUGUGGAGCAGGGAGCGGUACUACCAGGAAACGCUGAGGAGGUGGGACGUGUGCCGGUCGUACAGUUACUACUACUCGGCUUCCCACCUGCCCCGGCAUAACCAGGAGAGGAAGCCGACGCAUUCCGAGAGAGACUAUAGCAAAUCGAGUCAUGUUUACAGUAGCCCCUAUAAUAAGUACGAUUAUUACAAAAGCCGUUUGAGCCACAACCCCGAGAGGAAGAGGCGUUUUUCCCCGAGCCCCGAGGCCAACGACUGUGCCCCCGAAAAGAAACACCCCAAAAUCUUGCCAGACCCUUCUCUCGACGAACAAAAGGGACGGAAGCGGAAGAAGUCGAAGAAGAAGAAAAAGUUAAAAGAUAAACACAAGGAGAAAGAGGCCAGGUAUCGCCAGGAUUCUGACCCAUCUCCCUCCAACUCUGAGGCCGAGACCCACAAACACAAACACAAGAAGAAGAAGAAGAAAAAGAAGCGGGCCAGGAAAUCGGAAGAGGGCGACGAGGCCUCCGCCCCUUCCCUCCCCAAGCCAGCCGCCCCGCAGCAGGUCAAGGAUUUCAAAAACUGGGAGACGCCCAAAUCAUCUUCCGAGGCUUGUCGGAAACACAGCCCCACAUCCUGCAAGGAAACCCCUUCCGCUGUUUGGCGGAAAGCAGAAUCCCUUGAAAGGAGUAACAGGGAUGGCUUCCACCCACAGAGGGAUCACAACAGUGAUCCGGAAUGUCCGUUGGAAGUCCAGCUUAUAGUGUAUUUAUAAACCGAGGGGGCCCCCUGAAAAAAAAACCCUAAAAACUCUUUAAUAUUCAUAAUUGGUGCUUCAGAAAAAUACUGUACAGGAUUUUAUCAUUGAAGAAAGCCCCUCUUCCUCCUCCUCCUCUUCUUCUUCUUUUUUUUAGUUUUUACCUUGAGUCUUUCUUCUUUUUAAAAAAAAAAAAAAAUUCUCCGCGAUUCCCCCAAACACAACAAGAGGACGGACACCUCCUUACAGAACAUUGCAACCAACCUCCCCGAUCCCCCGGGGAUCACCGUGAGAAAGAACGCCCUGGAUCCGAACAUCUCAAAAAUGCUGCUGCUUCGUUCCACCACUCAGGUUGAAUAUGUUUAUAUAUUGUCCACGUGAUGUUUGCCUCCCGAGUCGAACCUUGUUUGCCGCGCGGGGGCCAGGAACCUUCCCGAAUUUAAGCAAGCCUGCAACUGAUAAGUGUCUAUUUAAUUUAAUUAUUUAAAACAUUUCACGGGCAACUUGGAUGUUUGCGAGAGAGAGAGAGAGGAAGAAAAGAGAGAGAGAAAGAGAGAGAGAGAGCGCCUCGGGUUUUUUCUUUCCUUCCGAUGUCUGCUACUAGAAACUCCCACGUCAAUUUUUCCUCCCGUUGGGAUUCCCGUCUUUGGACUUUUGUGAACUGCGUGCCGUUCAGACGCUUGGCCGUGUUAUUUUUGUUUUUUGUUUUCUUUUGAAUGUAUCGUGGGACGUGUCCGAAGAUUGCUCGACGAGUCCGAGGACGGGAGAUUGCAGAGGGUUUGAGCAGCCCGUGCAUUGUGGGGAAAGGCUUCCGCGUCCGUUUUCCCCCACUCGAGUGUCUCCUUCUGUGGGUGUUUUUCUUCACCCAACCUUUGCAGGAUAUGCGCCUUCCGGAACCGUCACCUGCGAAAGCCACUCCUUUCGUAUUUCUGGCCCUAUCCUUCCUUUUCUGCUUUUCUUCCCAUCCUCUGCCUGGCCCUUGGGCAUCUUCUUAACCUCUCUCGCAGAGUUAUUAUAUCGCUCAGGUUGUCCUGUAUCUGGACUUCUAGCCUGCCCCCAGAAGUAAGCGAGGAAAAACAGAUGCCGGGAUCUCUAGUAUCCGCCUGGAGAGGAGCCGUUUCCAUUUUUAUUUUUUAAAAAAUCCGCCUCAGUUUUUUACUGCAUUAAUUUUUCAAUGUAGCGAUGUACGUCCUGACUGAUCUCGGCUGCCUGGUUCUCGAUUUCCUUCCAAGUUUCUAGUUACAGACAACGUUCAUACUGUGAUUUCUUUCUCUUUGUUUCUUUUUUUUUUAAUUUUUAUUAUUAUUUUUUUAAUGAUGAAAUGCUAUCAAACUGUGAUACACUUAAUUCACUGGUCCUGCAUCAGGAGACAAGAGUGGGGAAAACUGUAUUAAAUACAGUUCAUCUGAAUAAUCUGUCUGAUUUAUACAAGCUGCGUUGUUCAGAGAUGUCUAUAAAGUUUGAUCUUUGUUUUUUUAAAGAUAAAAAAGCACUUACCCCACUUGUAAAUAUAUGGCAUGUAAAAUUUAUAUAGUAUAUAAAUCCGAGAAA